CUCUCUCUCUCUCUCACUCGACGAGAAGACCUCCUCCUCGCUCGCUUCCGCCGCCGCCGCCACCUCCGCUUCCUCGCCGCGCGUUCCCGGCCACGGCGGCGCCAAUGGCCGACCGCGUGUACCCAGCCGCGAAGCCCAACCCGCCGCCGGCAAUGGCCAACGGGGGAGGAGGUGGUGCGACGGGGUCGUUCCCGGCGCCCAAGCCGCAGAUGUACCAGCGGCCCAUCUACCGGCCGCAGGCGCCGGCGAAGCGGCGGCGCGGGCGGUCGUGCCGGUGCAGCUUCUGCUGCUGCUUCUGCUGGGCGCUGCUGGUCGUCAUCCUGCUCGCGCUCGUCGCCGCCGUCGCGGGGGGCGCGUUCUACCUGAUCUACCGCCCGCACCGCCCCAGCUUCACCGUGUCGUCGGUCAAGCUCGCCGCGCUCAACCUCUCGUCGUCGGCCACCGCGCCGGUGCUCACCGACUCCAUCCAGCUCACCGUCACGGCCAGGAACCCCAACAAGAAGGUCGUCUACGUCUACGACGACUUCUCCUUCUCGGCGGCCACCGCCGCCAACGCCGUCCCGCUCGGCGACGCCAUCGCGCCGGGGUUCACCCACGAGGCCGGCAACACCACCGUCUUCACCGCCACCAUCGCCGCCAACGCCCUCUCCGUCGACCCCACCGCCGCCGGCUCCGACAUCAAGAAGUCGGGCACCUUCUCCGUCGCCAUCGACGCCGAGACGCGCGCCGGCGUCAAGGUUGGCAGCCUCAGGACCAAGAAGAUCGGCAUCCAGGUGCACUGCGAGGGCAUCAAGGUGACGCCGCCCCCGCCGCCGCCGAAGCCGGUGAAGGGCAAGAACGGCACAGCGCUGGACGCGGCGCCCUCGCCGGCGACGUCCGACACGACGGCGGCGACCGCGACGGUGAGCACCGCGGCGCACUCGUGCAAGGUCAGAGUCCGUGUCAAGAUCUGGAAGUGGACCUUUUAGCUACAAAAAUACACGAAAGUUUAGGGGCUCCGGUGCAAAAUUUUCAGAAAAGGAUUUUCACUUUAUAUUAUUAUUAUUAAUUAUAUUUGGACUAGAAGAAACGAAAACCAUGCGUCGGUGGGUGUAAAUUCUCUCAAACAUUUGUUUAUUUUUUUCUGUCUUUUUCCCUUUUCACUUCUAAAUUAUCCCAAACUCUUUUUCCUCCUCCUUGUAGCGAUGUACUGUAUAAUUUUGUGAUUUAUUUAUAUGUAAAAUUACAAUUCCAAUUUUAUUUCUAAGUUUGUACUACUACUACAUACAUACCUACCAGCCAGCUGUUGCUACUACAAGUUGCUUAAUUUGGUAGUGUGUGCAAGUGAGUGUCGGUAAGGGUUAAUCUAAUCAUGGAGUUAUUUGAUCUUGUUUAAUACUAAUAUCACCCCAUAAUUAUGACUC